CAAAGAAAGAAAGAAAAAUACGUUACAAAAGAUGAUGUCUUGGGAUGAGAGCGAAACUGAAAGUUAAGUUUCUGAUUGUGGAGAAGACGAGAGGAAGAGAAGGAAAGGCUCUAUUUACUACAGUUUCUUGAUAAAAUAGAGUGACUGGCUGUAAUUGGAGGAUCCAUCUAGCAGUGUAUGGAGUGGACAAGUACAACGGAAAUGUCUGGAGAACAAGUGAACAAGUGAGAUAAGGCCCAGACAAAGUCUUCAAGUCUGACUUCUCUAUAUAUGAUUAAGCUUUCCAGAAAUGGGAUGGAAAUUGGUCUGCUGAACCAGAUUAUUGGGUCUACAAUCUUAUCAUUGAUGGUAGAGGGAGGUGAUGAAUUAGUUUCACAAUGACAGGUUGUGUAAUUCUUGAGGGCCUGGAGGGUGACUUUUUGUUGUAUUUAAAUAGGGAUUUUGAUGGAGGAGAUGUGUGUGGAAGUUGCAGUGCCAUUUAGAAUAGGUAAUUUUGUCGGUGAAAUACCAACUGAGGAAAGUUGUGUUGAUGUCGUUGGGACAAGGUUGAUGGAUGAUAGAACGAGCUCGUUUUCAGAUUCUGAGGCUAAAAGUAUGGCAGAUUCAGUUUCUGGUGGGGAUGAGGAUUGCAAUUUUGGUGAUUCAGGGAGUGAAGUCAGUGUUGCCAUGUCUUCUUUGCCUGAAGGGAAUACAAGUAGGGAAGCUUCCUUACUUGAUAUGACUUCUGAAAUUGAAAGCAACUGGCUUGCUAGUGAUUCUGUUGUCCGUGAGAGUGAGGAGGAUGAUUCUUUGUCACUGGAAGGUGAUUGUUCUCUGUCUGUGAUUAGUGAUUCUAGCAGCAUAUGUGCUGAUGAAAUUUUCCCAUAUGAUGCAACAUCUGAGAUAGGGACUUCGAAUUUUAUUGAAGUUGAGAGGAGUAUAUGCAAUGUUGAACUUGAUGUUAAGGCUGGAGAUACGACGCAGUCAAAUGUUGGUGAGAUUGUGCAUGAUUCUCUAGCUAUCACUGUUGGCCUUGAGGAAGAGAUUGCUGAAGGGUCAACCUCAAAAUCAUCUACAGUUGUUGUUGAACUCCCUUCCAAAAGAGGGUUAAGUGUAACAGUUGGCCGCAGCGUUUUUGAGAUUGACUACGUGCCCCUCUGGGGAGUUAAUUCAGUUUGUGGUAGGAGACCAGAAAUGGAAGAUGCCUUUACAACUGUGCCUAGGUUCCUGAAAAUUCCGCUUCAAAUGCUCGUUGGGGAUCGUGUUCUUGAUGGAAUGACCAACUGUCUAAGUCAUCUGACGACUCACUUCUUUGGAGUCUAUGAUGGCCAUGGAGGCUCUCAGGUAGCAAAUUAUUGCCAUGAUCAUAUGCAUUCUGUUUUGGUUGAGGAGUUGGAAGCUAUUAUGGCCAGACCAAGUGAUGGAAGUAAUAAGGAAACCUGCCAAGAGCAGUGGAAAAGAGCAUUUACCAAUUGUUUUCUCAAGGUUGAUGCUGAGGUUGGAGGGAAAAGUGGUCUUGAACCUGUUGCUUCAGAAACUGUUGGCUCUACUGCUGUUGUUGCCCUUGUUUGUUCGUCUCACAUCAUAGUUGCAAAUUGCGGUGAUUCCAGGGCAGUACUUUGCCGUGGGAAAGAACCUAUGGCAUUAUCCAUUGAUCAUAAACCAAAUCGAGAAGACGAAUAUGCAAGGAUUGAAGCUGCUGGAGGCAAGGUUAUACAGUGGAAUGGGCAUCGCGUGUUUGGUGUCCUUGCCAUGUCUAGAUCUAUUGGUAUGUGUCUAAAUGUCUCUAUGUUUCACACGUGUGUUCGGCGUCCUUGCCAUGUCUAGAUCUAUUGGAGAUAGGUAUUUAAAACCCUGGAUAAUACCAGAUCCAGAAGUGAUGUUUAUUCCUCGAACGAAGGAUGAUGAGUGCCUCAUUUUGGCCAGUGAUGGAUUAUGGGAUGUUAUGACAAAUGAAGAGGUCUGUGACACGGCCCGUAAACGGAUACUUGUCUGGCAUAAAAAGAACGGUGUCACACUUCCCCUGGGGAGAGGUGAAGGCAUAGACCCAGCAGCUCAAGCGGCAGCUGAGUGGCUCUCAAACCGUGCUAUUCAGAAGGGAAGCAAGGACAACAUAACCGUAAUUGUGGUGGACCUGAAAGCCCAGAGAAAAUUUAAGAGCAAGUCCUAACUGUGUGUAUUCUCAAGUUUGCUCUCUCAAUUCCUAGGGGUAGGGAGAAUUAUAAUACAGCAUUACCACAGCCCUUCUGUUUUUCACCAGGGCCAUGCAACUUCCAUUAGCGCGGGCAUUUGAGGUUCUAUGCCCAGAAUUUGGAAGUCUUAUGAUUCUCAUGCCAAAGUUCAACCUAUGUAAAUUUAGCUCGAAAUAGUAAUAGGAACAUCAAGGAAGUCGAAUGCCAUCGGCAUCAAUUAUGUUGGUAUAAGCCAAUGUACUGGCUUAUUUGCCUCCGAGUUAAAGAAGUCUCUGUGAGGUAAGUCAAAACUUUUGUACGACUUUGGGGAUGCCUAUGCCUUGCAAAUGAAUAGCAAAUUUAAGUGAUUUAGAGGGGUUUUCCAGUA